CUAAAGAAUGCGCUACAAGUACGUCCUGCUUUUAGCCCUCCUGAGCUGCCUGCUGCUCAUCCAGGAGGGCAGUGGUGCCAGCUCUUCCUCGAGCACUGAGAGUUCGAGUAGCUCCACCGAAAGCUCCUCAGACUCAUCCACCAGCGCGACGUCCUCCUCUGACUCGACAGAAGCGUCCUCCUCUUCUUCCGACUCCACCACCACGACCACGACCACCACCACGACCACGACCACUUCCUCCUCCUCGUCUUCCAGCGCUGCUGCUCGGCGUCGCAGGGCGGCAGCGCGCCGCCGUCGCCGCCGCUUGGCCCGCCAGAGGCGCAGGCGUCAACAGCGCCAACAGCGCCAGCGUCAGAGACGCCGCCGCCAACAACAGCGCAGGAGACAACAACAAAGACGGCGACAGAACCGCCGAGGAUAGGCGAUCCCCAAAAACGGAAACCCCGGGUUUCCCUCCUCUCUGUCUGCAGACGUUCCGUCCGACAAUACUGUUAUACAGCUCCGCAACUUAUUCCAUUAUUUACAAAUAAAGAACAUUGAAAAGGUACUGAUAGAGGGAUUUAAACAAAA